GGCGGUCGCGUGGCGCGCGGAGGGGCCGGCUGAGGUCGCCCGCAUUCUCCAGGCCCCUUUAUUACUUCGAGCCCUGGAGGCCUGAAGAGUGGAACCAAUCAGGUGCGAGCGCGGACAUGACGCGGCGCAUUGAGACCGAGGAUUCGCUGCUGGACGAUGACGUGUUCGAACCGGAGCAGUGCGGCGGGUCGUCAACAGGUGGCGCCAGCUCCGCCAACAGCCGCUCGGAGCGCAACAGCAGUGCCACCAGCGGCGGUGGCGGUCAAGACUCAUCGAAAACGCACUCCUCCGCCAUUAGGAUCAGCGUCGGCUCCGAGGUCGAUGACGUCAUCCACAAGACGAUCCUGGUGGGCGACAGCGGCGUCGGCAAGACCUCGCUGCUCGUCCAGUUCGACACGGGCAAGUUCACGCAGGAGGGCUUCGCCGCCACCGUCGGCAUCGGCUUCAUGGCCGGCAGAAUGCGUCGGCGCGCGGGAAGCCGGGUGGCACGCACCCUGUCGGAGGAGCCACCGUCCCCGGUGCGCUGGGUGCCGGAGGGCAGGGCACACGGCCGCGCCAGUUACGCAGGCAUCAGCAGUCGGCCCGAGGUCAAGGCCACCGCCCAGCCGCUGUCGCUGCCGCCCGAUCUGAACGCCACCAAGCGCGAGGUCACCGCUAAGGUCAUGUUACUGGGUGACACUGGGGUUGGCAAGACGUGCAUGAUGAUCAAAUUCAAGGACGGUCACUUUUUAAGCGGCGCCUACAUAUCGACGGUUGGCAUUGACUAUCGGAAUAAAGUGGUGGAGGUCGACGACGCCAAGGUGAAGCUUCAGGUGUGGGACACGGCUGGCCAGGAGCGAUUCCGAUCGGUCACCCACGCCUACUACAGGGACGCCCACGCGCUGCUGCUCCUGUACGACGUCACAAACAAGACGAGCUUCGAGAACACGCGCGCCUGGCUGGCGGAGAUACGCGAGUACGCCCAGGACAACGUGGUCAUCAUGCUGCUGGGUAACAAGUGUGACCGCACUGAAGAUCGCGUGAUACAGUUUGACCACGGGGAGAGACUAGCGCGCGAGUUCAACGUGGUCUUCAUGGAGACUUCAGCCAAGACGGGGAUGAACGUCGAGCUCGCGUUCAGCGCCAUCGCGCGGGACCUGCUGCACCGACGGCUCUACCCCAACGGCGGCACCUUCAACGUGCGCCAGUUCGUGGAGGCGCGCUCAGAACACUCGCCUGCCUGCGCCUGCGGCACGUAG